AUGGAGUUACAAGCUAUUCCUUUUAAUGUGACAACUCUAUUCACCAAGGUGAAAAGGAACCGAAUCAAGAAGAGGCGCUAUCCAAAUUCAUCUCUUUAUAAGGUCAUUUGGCCAAUGAUAUACACCAUGCGAAUAUUCGGUUUCGCUCCUUACAACUUCUCACAAUAUCGAUGGACAUCAUCGAAUAUCAGUCUACUCUUCACGGUGAUCGUCGCUAUUGUUUACAGUUGUUUAUCAUACGAGGUAUUUACCAAGUUUCUAAAUGUCAAAAGAGAAACCUUGACCAUUGGAGGAACAGAGAAUACAAAGGUGAUCAUCAACUACAGCGUAGUGAUGUAUGAGUUGGGUUUAACGGCAUUCACGAGACGCAGUUUUAUCAGGAUUUGGAAUGCGUUGCAAGAUUUCGAUGAGAAUAUGAGACGUUUAAGUUAUCCUCGCAAAGAGACAAGGACUACGAUUAUUGCGUGGUUCCUUGUAAUUAUGAUCACGAUUAUCUGGAUAAUUGUUAAUCGUAUCGGAAUGUACGCCUUUUUAGAAACAUGGACUAGUAAUAUGAAAUACAUGAUUCCCUACAUUGGUACGUCGAUAGCUAUCUACAAGUUCGUGGCGAUAACUAUUUUUCUAGGUCAGCGGUUUGGUCAUCUUAAUUCCGUUGCAAUACAAAAUCUACCAUCGAUAUCGGGAUACACUAAAACAAUCAUUAGCAAGAAGACAAUCCUGAGUCUACAUAACGAUUUGAUGGUCGCCGCCGAAAGUUUAGAGUCGCUGUAUUCGUUGUCAUUGCUCUUCUGGCUUUGCAAUUUGUGCCUGCACAUCGUCAGCAACGUAUAUUUUAUAAUCGAAUGGAUGAUUGUGAAGAAGUGGGAUGUGCAAUCAUGGCCGCUAGUCCUCUGCAUGUGCACUUGGUUACUGGCAUUUCUCUUCCAGCUGUUACUACUUCUUAUCGCUUGUCACUUCGCUUCGUCCCAAGCCAAUUGCCUAGGUCCAAUUCUGAUCGAAUGGCAAGUAAGACUGAUGAAAAAAGAAAAUGAAGACUACGUCGAAUAUUUAUUGGAAUUUUUAAACCGAAAGCUCAAGUUUUCCGCUGGCGGAUGUUUUCACGUAAACUUGCCGUUAUUGCGUUCGAUCGUUUCACUGAUGACUACAUAUCUGGUUAUACUACUGCAACUUAAAUGA